GUCUUUCUCCGUACAAAACCCUGCACCUCCAAUUGCCGGUCAAUGUUUGAGGCCAACCCAAAACUCUCUCACUCUCUCACAAUCCUCCCCCAAAACUCUCUCCUCCCUCUCUCCCAAAAAUUUUAUAAACCAGAUCAGACCCUACCCUACUCUCUCUCUCUCUCUCUCUCUAAGACAAACAAAUCCCAGUUUCUCUCUCUUACUCUCUUUCUAUCUCUAGGAUUUGAAGAAGUAUAGAUAGUAGUGUGUGUACUGAGAGUGAGCUAUGAAUGUGAAGAAGGAUGUGGUGAAGAGGGAGGACAAAAUUAAUAGCAACAAUAUGAAUGGGGGAGGAGGAGGAGGUGGACUUACCACAUCACCAUUUGCAGGCAUGUUUGAUUUCUGUGAAGGAGAAAAGAGUUCAUCUUUAGGGUUUAUGGAACUUUUGGGGGUUGGGGUUGGACAGGACUGUUGUCCCACUUCCCUGUUUGAUUAUCUGCCUCAGACACCAUCGACAGCCCUGCCUUCAUUAGCUUCCACAAUGGGAGGAAAAGAUCAGUUAUCUACUGACUACUCCUCUUUGAAUCAGCAGCCUACAACACCAAACUCUUCAUCGAUAUCGUCGGAAUCAAGCGAGGCAGUGAACGAAGAACACACUGAUCAUAAAGCUGCUACAGACCAAGAGAAAAGUAAUGAAGAAGAAGAACAUCAUGAGCAACAAAAGACCAAGAAAGAGUUGAAAGCAAAGAAGACGAGUCAGAAAAGGCCGAGAGAACCCAGAUUUGCAUUCAUGACAAAGAGCGAAGUUGAUCAUCUGGAAGAUGGCUACAGAUGGAGAAAGUACGGCCAAAAAGCUGUCAAAAAUAGCCCCUUUCCCAGGAGUUACUAUCGGUGCACAAGUGCAUCAUGUAAUGUGAAGAAGCGAGUGGAGCGAUCUUUCGAUGAUCCGAGCAUUGUUGUAACUACUUAUGAAGGCCAACACACUCAUCGCAGCCCACUCCUGCCUCGCCCAACUCUCCCUGCGGCUUCUGCUUUUCCAGCUAAUAACUUUGAGAUGCCAUUAAUCCCCACAAGAACCCUAUUUACUCAUGACUAUCAACAAGUACAACCAUUUGCAGAUAACAACUCCUCUUCGCCUUCAUCGGCACCAAUUAAUUUUGGUGAUUAUUAUGUGAAUGGCUCUUCAUUGUUUACAAAUGCUACUAGUACCACGGGCUUUCUUCAUCCCGAAAGGCGGUUUUGCUCUCCGGCAACCGGUUCUGCUUUGUUAGCUGACCAUGGCCUUCUUCAAGACAUAGUCCCCUCUCAUAUGCUGAAGCAAGAGUAGAAGAUAUAUACCCUUAUAUAUAUAUAUAUAUAUGAUCAUCAUCAGAUAGUGAGAUCAUUCCAAUCCAUCAGUGCUACUUAAUUAUGUACUAUUUAGCUUGCUUACUGACUUUCUGUGUUAAGAUGGUGAUCCAGAUGAUGGUUAUGUUUUGUAACAUGGAUGGAACAUGGACUUUUGAAUCCAAUGCAGGUACUAAUAGGCAGUAGCUAGUUUUUCUUUCUAUUUCUUUUACCUCUUUCUGUUUUGAUCUUCUUCUUUUUUUUCCCGUGUUUUUCCCUUUUGGGGGUUUGUGGGGUUUGUGUGGAAGAGAGCCUAAAAGAGGAGAGAGAGAGGUGAGGAGGAGGCUGAUUAUGGUAAAUAGAGAAAAAUGGGGGGUUGUUUAUUUAGUUCGAUUGUCUGACGUCUUGUUUGUCCUUAUAUCUUUGUUUUUCUUGUUGAAGGAAUGUGCAUUGAUUUGAUUUGGAUACUAGUCAGCACUGCGGGCGGUCAUGAUUUGAGGGUUAGGAUGUUGGACAGUCUCCAGACUCUCCACACCUACUUCUCUUUCUCUUUUUGGUCGACUUCUUGUUUCUCUGUAUAACACCAUAUGCACUGGAAACUUCGUAUUUAACAAGUUUUAUGAAGUUACAGCAGAAGUGUAAACAUGAAUACAGCUUACAUUGAUCAAAACGAAUGUACCCUCUCUCAUGCAUCUAAUAAUUCAAGUUCGAUAACUGUUAUUAUUAGCA